AAUAUUUUCAUAUAUCACUUUACCUCAGUCGUCGAAAAAUAAAAAAUCCAUGGAAAGCCCGUCUUUGCUAGAGGUUCUUCAAGUGCAAGAAAUUGAUGAAUUGGUCUUACCAUCUAUAAAAUAUAUUUUUGCAUAUUUCACACAUAGACAUCCUAGACAGUUGUUACGUAUUUACAACUCCUUAGACGACAUUCAUUGUGUUUUGAAAGUUAUUUUUGAAUAUCGAAGCCUAAAAAAAUGGAAUGCUACAUCAGUUGAAAGGAGGUUUCAGUUAAAGCGAGUGAAAUCUGUGAAAGACGCAGGAGGUCUUGUCAAUACAUUUCCGGAAGAAGUUAAAUCGGCUGUUCAGCUAAGUCAAAUAAACAUUUUAGCAAAAAUCUUUUUGAGCUACUGUCUGCCAUACUUAUUUUCCAAAAUAAAAACAUUGUCACAUAGUACAAGGCUGCUAGAGUUGAGAGCAAGUUACAAUGUCGAACAUAAUAAUUCAGAAAAUGAAGGUCAUCAAGUCCAUCCAAGUCCUUCUCUAAACUUUCGUUCGAAGAUUCUACUAAAGCUGAAAAGGCUUUUGUCCAUACUAAAACUUAUGUUUCAAUUUGGAUCAAAGUUUUACAACAGUAUUCGAUGGGCUUAUUACGUUUUAUUUGCUUUGGGUACGAUACCAUUCUCAAAUCCUGUUGAUCAUUUAUUAAAGCAACGUCUUAUUUACGAUACUAAGAUUCCCAAUCGAACUUCCGAGAAAGCACUUCGUUUUUAUACGCUUCCUUCAUUUCUGGACAAUUCGAUGAGCAUAUUUUUAUCUCUAGUCCAAGUCUUAGACUGGUGGCAGACAAAUGACUAUGCCACUCAAAUCAAGAAAGGAAGAGUUGCAUUUACUGAACUUGAGCCACCAGAGCUUUCAGCCGACAAUACAUCUUCCACAAAGAAUAUUUGUAAAAUCUGUGGUCAUAGUAUUAAAAAUCCAGCAGUUUUAUCUACUGGCUUCGUGUUUUGCUAUCCAUGCAUUCAGAGCUGGCUAAAAGAUAAUCCCUUCAUAUGUCCGGUUUCCAAAUUGAAAUUGGUCAGAAAAGAAAAAUCUUUUUGGAGGAUAAUGGUAUAAUAUAAUGCCGAAAGGCCCAUCACGUAACGAAAUAAAAGGUACCUGAUGUAUUCAAGUUACUAAUUCUUUGCAAUAUCGGACCAAAGUUUUUGAGUAUUUUUUGUUAAUUCAUCACUUAAUAUAGUUAACGGGCUUUGUUUUACAUAAAUUUCAUGAAUCAUGUCCAGUUUUCC